AUGGACUCGGAGAUCGCCAACAGUUCCAGUCCCCAACUGGGACUGGCCCAGAUCGAGUCUGCUACAUCAUUCAGUGCUCAAUUACCGACACUGCUAGGGGACGUUUUUGCUGGCUGGUCUUUCUGGCAAUAUGCGGCCACCUUCUUAAUGGCUGCUAUUGAUCGAUUCCAGGCCCAGCAUUCAAAAUCCCCCCUCAUGGGGCCCUUCCUUCAGGCUCUUGAUCCCAAAUUCGAAGGAUAUCUCGAACAAUGGGCAAGGGGACCGCUUAGCUGCGUGUCCAUCUUCCACAAGUUCGUGGUUCUCGCUUCAGACCGUGACAUCGCCCACAAAGUCUUCAAGUCACCCUCCUAUGCUGAGCCAUGUAUUGUGCCUAUCGCGAAAGACAUCAUCGGGCACAAGGCUUGGGUUUUCCUCCAGGGUAAAAGUCACGCCGAGUACCGUCGAGGACUGACUCCGUUGUUUACGAACAAGGCCAUGGCAACCUACCUUCCUGCACAAGAAGCAGUCUUUGCAGAGUACUUCAACAAAUUCGUGGCUAUCAGUGAAAAUGGUCAGGGCAACCCCGUUGAGUUCAUGACCAUGUUCCGUGAGAUCAACUGCGCGCUGUCAUGUCGGACAUUCUUUGGACAUUAUAUCUCCCAGGACGCCGUGAAGAAGAUCGCAGACGACUUUUAUAUGGCCACCGCUGCUCUAGAGCUUGUCAAUAUCCCCCUCUCUCUGUAUAUCCCUUUCACCAAGCCCUGGUGGGGGAAGCGAACCGCCGACGCCAUCCACACCGAGUUUGCCAGAUGCGCAGCUGCAUGCAAGGCCAAUAUGGCUCAAGGCGCAAAACCAACCUGUAUCGUUGAUCAAUGGGUGUCUCACAUGAUGGAAUCCGAACGGUACCGCCAACGAGUUGCCGCAGGAGAGACAGACGCCGAGAAACCAACAAACCUCAUUCGAGAGUUUACAAACGAGGAGAUUAGCGAUACGUUAUUCACCUUCCUGUUCGCGUCUCAAGAUGCCUCCAGCAGCGCUACAACCUGGCUCUUCCAAAUUCUGGCCCAAAGACCCGAUGUGCUCGAUAAGCUUCGUGACGAGAACCUCGCUGCUCGAGGUGGAGAUCGCAACAAGCAGUUCAAUUUACCCAUGCUGGAAUCCCUCACGUAUACAAAUGCCGUGAUCAAGGAACUUUUGCGUCACAGACCCCCUGUCAUUUUCGUUCCUUAUCUCGCUACAAAGGAUUUCCCUGUGACGCCUGACUAUACUGUGCCCAAGGGCUCCAUGAUCAUCCCAUCAUGCUACCCCGCCCUCCAUGACCCGAACGUCUAUCCUGAACCGGACGUUUUCGAUCCCGAGCGAUGGAUCACCGGCGACGCGGAGUCGAAGACCAAGAACUGGCUUGUCUUCGGGACCGGGCCCCAUGACUGCCUUGCGAGACGAUACGUGCCGCUGUCUAUGGCGGGGAUGAUUGGCAAAGCUGCUCUGGAGUUGGAUUGGAAGCAUCAUGCUACGGAGAAGUCGGAGGAGAUCAAAGUGUUUGCGACUCUCUUUCCUAUGGAUGGCUGUCCACUGGUCUUUACGAAGCGCUCUUAA